AUUGAUUACAGUUAAGAGAUCAUCUUGUUCCUCGAGCAAUAGCAUCAUCAGCCAUGACGAGUAAGCUUGAAACCGAUGUAGAGAUCAAGGCUACUCCUGAGCAGUUUCACGACAUGUUCACCAACAAACCACACCAUGUUCACCAUACCUGCUAUGACAAGAUUCAAGGAUGUGAUUUGCAUGAAGGUGAAUGGGGGAAAGUGGGUACCAUCGUCAGCUGGAGUUAUGUCCAUGAUGGAAAGGCUAAAAAGGCUAAGGAGGUAAUUGAAGCUGUAGAUCCUGAUAAGAACUUGAUCACUUUCAGAGUGAUCGAGGGAGAUCUAAUGGAAGAGUACAAGACCUUUUUAUUAACCAUUCAAGUUUCGCCCAAGAGCGAGGGCAGUGGCAGCGUAGUGCACUGGACCUUGGAGUACGAGAAGCUGCACGAUGGGAUUGACCAUCCCGAGACUCUGCUUGAAUUCGUGAAGGAUGUCUCCAAAGACAUCGACACUCACCUCACCCAACAGAAGUAAACGAUGGAUUAAGAAAAUCGCAUGUCGGCAGUACACUUCUACUUGAAUAAAGCCACAGCUUCCUUUCAUAUGUAUGAUGUUCAAAGAGAGGAAGCUUUGUAUUUUCUUGUAUGUUUGUUGUUUGAUCGUUAUCGAAGUGGGAUGUAUCGUGUUCUCUUAUUUGUGUGCUAAAAAUAUAUCGAAGUGGGAUGUAUCGUGUUC